UUCUGGCGCUGCUGCAAAUUCUGCCCAAGUCCAGAUAAUUGAUCUGGAUCGUGUGUGGGAGCCGAGCGGAGCUUACAUGUCGGAUCAGAGCCUGUCAGUGAAUUUAAGAUGGCUGCUUUGUGUACCACUGUGAUUUCCCCGUGGCUCUGCACCCCUCGGUGCUGCCGCCCGCAGCGGGUGCGCUCGCUCUCGGGCCCGGUGGGCCGCCGGAGCUCCGGGGAAACGAGCCGCUCUUUGUUGCUCCGCUGCUCGAGGAGCGGAGCUGAUGCACGGAUGAGGCCACACAGGGGGAGCAGGAGUCGGCUGUUUGUGCACCACCUCCUCGCAGACUGCAAGCAGCCGCUCGGCUGCUGCUCUCUCCAUGUUAUUUAUCGCUGCAACAUGUCAACCGAGGAGUUUUCUUGUUGCAGCAGCUCCCUCUCUUUGUUGCUGCUGUCCCAAGGACGAGCUGCAGACAUUGUCUGAGAGCAGCCACUCAUCCACCUCAAUAUCUGUCCUGAUGGAUAAAAUGCAGCCCAACCGGGUUAAAAUCACAGACGUGAACCCCCACCUCACAUGUCCACUGUGCGCUGGUUACUUGAUCGAUGCUACAACCAUCGUAGAGUGUCUGCACUCCUUUUGUAAAACAUGCAUCGUUGCCUUCUUGGAGACAAAUAAGUUCUGUCCUCGAUGUGACGUCCAGGUGCACAAGACGUGUCCACAGCUCAGCAUCAGGGCGGACAAAACUCUUCAAGAUAUUGUAUAUAAGCUUGUUCCGGGGUUAUUCAAAGAUGAAAUGAAACGGAGGCGAGACUUCUACGCAGAGAAUCGCGUGCUGGAGCCAGGGGAAGUGGUGGAGACGUUUAACAUAGCAGAGGAUGAAAUCAUCAGUCUGUCCAUACAGUUCUACGAGAGGAAUAAAAACAAUGAGAUGCAGCAUUCAGAGAUGGAGGGAGACAAGACCAAUGGUAAACGCUUCCUGCAGUGCCCGGCAGCCAUGUCCGUCAUGCACUUAGCAAAGUUCCUGCGAAGCAAGAUGGACAUUCCCAACAACUAUCGGGUGGAGGUGUUGUACGGGGACGAGCCCUUGAAGGACUACUACACACUCAUGGAUAUUGCUUACUUCUACGAGUGGAGACGGACCGGACCCAUCCCCUUGCAGUAUCUGGUCAAACCCAACCGGAAGCGCAGGAGGCCGUCCCAGUCUGCCGCUCAGGGCCACUCUGACGGCGUCAACACCAGUCCCACGUCUGAGAGCGACUCCCAGAGCGACAAGGUCCACAGUCCGGCUGCAGCCCCCCCGCCCCGAGCCUCCUCACACUCCAGCCCCGCCUCCCACAACCCCUCUCCCGCCAUCCAAAGCGCCAACGGCACCUCUGUGCCCAACAACACUCAGCGACACACUCUCGCAUCCAAACAGGGCGCCAGCGCUCGCAAGGUGACUGUCAAUGGCACAAGCUCCGGAGCUGGCAAAGAGGAGGCGAGGGGUGGCGACAAAAGCGGUUUGCCCCCGGCGACCUAACGCGUGUACGGCGCAGCAGGGAGGACAGUGUUUGAAUUGCUCCCUUCUUUUUUUCUUCAGAGCAAAAGGAGGAGCUUGAGUUCUCCUUCUGGACAAAUGGGGGCCAGAUUACUGUUAUCACCUUUCAACAGCAAAGACUGAGAGUGCAGCCAAAUAGACACUUGUAUGUAUGUAUGUGUGUGUGUGUGUGUGUGUGUGCGUGUGUGUUUAUGUGUGUUAGACUAGAACGGUGCACACAUACAAACUGUACAGUAUGUAUCAAAUGUGAGCAUGUGUGCAUACAUAUGUAUAAACUUAUCUUUUAUACAAGAUAUUGUAAUCGUUUUGUAUCGUAUAUGCUGUGGGUCUGAUUCAUUUCCAUUGUUCUUUCAACUUUGGUUUGGCUUCCAGAAAAAAACCGUGUGACAAAAUGCUGUAAGGCAUCAAAGUGCACGUCACUGCUCCAGUUGGAUGUAAAGUAAAAAAGAAGCUGAUCCUUGCCUUUGAACAGUCAUGUUGAUAACUGCUGUAUAAAUGUCCAGUAAAAGCUCAUCAGGUAACACACCCAUGACAUAAAACUGUCAAUGCACUUUGUAAGGUCAGAUCACACAAUCCAAACCAGUAUUUUCCAGCAGGAGAAGCAUUUCUAUGUACACAUUUCCAAGCACUACCAUGCUUUCAAGCUGAUAACGUCUGUCAGAAGACCAUGUUCCCUCUCUCAUGGCACUCGAAGAACUCAAAAGGGAUUUGAAUAUUUGGCCAUGUAUGUCGUAGUUCCAUCGUUUUCAACAUUCCCUUUGUUUCUUUUCAACAAACUGAUACUUUUUUUAUCAGCCAUAUGUGCAUGUUUUAGGUCAAUAAAAUGUUUACUUACUAGGUU